AUGUGCGUAUUUGGUAUUAUACUUGGAGUAGCCACAUUAUUAUUGGAUGAUAAAGUACCUGGCACAAAGCAGUUUUUGAAUGAGACUAAUUUGAUUAUCAUGCAAGUUAUCAACAUAUUAAUGAAGGCAUUCCCAAUGGCGAUUGUAUACUGGAUGGUCCUAGGUGGCAUACAACUCCGUUUCCCAAAACGACUAAUAUCACAAUUACUAUGGUUCUUUGUAACUGCCCUUGCUGGUUUUGUAAUUAUGCUAUUUGUGGUACAUGCCGGUGUAUAUUUAUUUGUGGUUCGUAAAAAUCCGUUUACAUUUUAUAAGAAAAUUAGCCCGGCUAUUAUACUGGCACUGGGUACCGCAUCAAGUGCGAUUACCCUACCGGUGACCAUAGACUCAAUGGAAAAGAAUGUAAAACUACCCGAAAGUAUAACUCGUUUUGUGUUACCCCUGGGUAUGAAUGUCCACAUGAAUGGGUUCGCACUGUACUACCCGAUGGUUAUCCUAUUUGUGGCACAAAUGCAUGGCAUGGAUGUUGGUUUACAGCAUAUGUUUAUUUUAACAAUAAUGACACUGGUGAUGUCCGUAGCCAUACCUGCCAUAUCGUCAGGUGGCGCCGUAAUCGUGACAUUUGUAGCAUUUUGUGCAUCAAUUGGUAUAGAAAAUCCAUUAGAUGUGCUUGCUUACACAACAACAGCCGAUUGGAUUAUGAGUCGAUUGCGAACCGCGACUAAUGUUAUCGGAGACUGUUUUGUGGCCGCAAUAGUAGCCAAACAUUGUGUCGCAAGUACGCCGCAAAACGAGGGAUUGGUUUGA